CAGCCCACGGUGACGUAAGUAGGAUGUAAAUGCUGUGUCUUGAGGCCUAGUUGGUCUUUUCCUCCCCUGUGUGCUGAGGGGCGCAACUCUCCGCUACAUCUGAGAGCUCAAACAACGAAACAGCAAAAUGCUCAUCUACAAGUGUAAAUUCUGCGAUGAUGAGAUGUUUUCGGACAUCUAUAAAAUCACUGUGACUCGUUCGGGGCUCUUCUAUGAAGUUGAAGGAAAGACGAUCACCAGGACUGACCAGUUUGAUGAUGCUUUAAUUGGAGCCAACGCCUCUGCUGAGGAGGCUUGUGAAGGCAUUGACGCAUCAUCCAUCUCUGGCUGUGACAUUGUACUUAACCACAACCUUCGUGAGACUGGCUUCACCAAGAAGUCAUUCAUGGUCUUCAUUAAGGAAUACUGUAAGAAACUGAAAGCUUGGUUGGAAGUGAAUGACCCAGACAGAGUGGAGGCGUUCCAAGAGGGUUGCAAGAAAGAAGUGAAAAAGAUUGUAGAUGACUAUGACAACCUCCAGUUUUUCACAGGGGAGUCCAUGAACCCAGAGGGCAUGGUGGGACUGCUGAACUACCGUGAGGAUGGCACAACACCAUUCAUGAUUUUCUUUAAAGAUGGCCUGAUUGAAGAGAAAUGUUAACAACCUGGAACUACAUCUGCUUCUAAAUUGGUUGCUGCUCUCCAAAAAGCCCCGAGAACAGAUUGACGGAGUACUGUUUUGCAUCAUGCAGGGAAUGGAACCAUUCUUGAAGAAAAUCUUGAUCAUUCACAUUUUGGCCCACAGCACCACUCCCAACAAUGGAGAACUCAAAUAUGACUGUUCACCAAUAGCUGUUUUAUCUUUUCCCUCUGGCUUCUGCAAUGAUUGAUUUUCGGUGCAGAAUUUGCCAGCUUUUACAUGAAGAGUGUAAUUAAGGCUCUGUCAGCAACAUGCUUUUUUUUCUUCUGUCUGCAAUUAUAACAAUGAACUGCACAGAUUGACAUCUUCAGACCUCUGAUUUCAUGGUUGCGUUGAAAAAAUGCCAUCUGUUAUGAAACCUAUUGAAUUUCAAAUAAAAAUCUAAUACAGCCA